UGACCAUAAGCAGCCUGAGAGGCAACUCGACCAUCUACAAAUGGCUUGUAUCAACUUCUAAAUUCCUGAUGGUAUCUCAGCGAGCAGCAGCAGUGGAUCUAAACCCCGUCAUCAUCCAGCAGUCAAUCGGGGAUGUAGCAUUCAUUUCAAUAUCGAAUACAACUUCCCUGGAGUCCAGAUUGGAUAUGUUGUCUUUGGUGUCCUCAGACAGUGACUUUGUACCAAGAAAGAUCACAAUGACCUUUGAACCUGACCAGCGUCUCUUAACGACAAAUGUCGCUGUCUUAGAGGACACACGCCCAGAGGAUGCGGAAGUUUUCAUGGUUCGCUUAGUCAAUCCCACUAAUGGUGCCGAGGUUGGUGCAAACGAUAGUGUGCAAGUCAACAUCCUGCCCAAUGAUGAUGCUUUUGGAAUUAUACAGUUUGCUGCGGAUUCAAGAUUUGUCCGACAGAUUGAAAGAUCUGGUGAGGAUAACUCUGUGCGAUUGAACAUUGAAAGAUUGCGAGGGAAUCACGGCAGGGUGGAAGUUGCAUGGGACUUGAUCACAAAGACGGGGACACCAGUCAUGACCAAUGAUGUCACACCCACUGUGGGAAGCGUUGUGUUUGUGUCUGGAGCUGAGGUGUCCACUAUUUCCCUCCUGAUUAGAGAUGAUGCCUUACCAGAGAUGGACAAGGAGUUCACCAUCAGGCUCAAGAAUGUCACAGUCUCCGGUACAGGCAUACCAGGCAAGGGUGCAACACUUGGUGUCUAUAAUACGAGCACGAUGGUGAUCAUGGCCAGUGAUUCUCCAAAUGGAGUGGUGUCAUGGGAGAAGACGGCCUUGGCAACAACUGAACCAGAAGGCUCGGAUGCCACCGUAACUCUUCAUGUUAUCAGGGAACAAGGCUCAAAGGGAACCAUACAAGUCUCUUACAUCACGUCACGGGACAUGUCCAAGCAGACGUCAAAACAAGCUACAGCAGGCGAUGACUACGUUGCUAAGCAGGAGACCGUGAGCAUGGCACCUGGUGUCAACCGGACAGCUGUGACUGUGGUCAUCAAGCACGAUGAUCUACCAGAGCAGGAAGAGUCGUUCCUGGUGAACAUCACCUCUGUUCACCUGAUGGGCGCCCCCGCUACAGCAGGUGUCGGGCCAAGUAUCAAGAAGCCAGGAGAUGUUGCUACCGUUUCUAUUGGAGAGAAUGACGUUGCUGGUGGUGUUAUACAGUUUGAUGUUGCCAAGAAUGCCAAUGACCAGAUUGAUACCUACGAGGGGGAGGUGCUACGCUUGCCAGUGAAUCGUACGAAGGGCACCUUCGGUGAUGUGACAAUAUCAUGGAGGACGAUCCAGAAUGAGGCUAGCAGUAGCGACUACAAACCAAAUGGAGGCUAUAUCACAUUUACCGAGGGACAAACUAUGGCGACAAUCAAUAUCACAAUUGUGGACGACACUAUUACUGAGGGAGUUGAGAAAUUUGAGGUUCAUCUGUUUGAGAAAGUUUCUGGCCCGCCCACGGCCUUCUUGGGUGACAAGAGAAAAGUAACAGUAGCCAUUAGAAAGAAUGACUCGCCCAAUGGCAUGUUUGGGUUCGUCGAGGCCCAGCAGUCUGUGCGGGAGCCAGCAAAUGCAGAUGACCCUGGAGGAAACGUGACAUUCAACGUCCAGCGUCUACAAGGAACUGAGGGAACGGUUGUCGUCACUUGGAGACUAAGCGAGAAUGCCAAGGAUGACUUCCAGGUGCCGCUGACUGGAAGUUUAACAUUUAAAAAUGGAGAAGUCAAACAUGCUGUUACACUCCGCACUAAAGGUGACAGCAUCCUCGAGGGUGAUGAGAAAUUCACCAUAUCAUUGGUGUCCGCAGACAAUAACGCUGACAUCAACCCGAAAGCGAGUGAGGCAGCUAUCAUCAUUUUGGCUGACAAGGGAGCCAACGGCAUCAUACAGAUUGUCCCAAGCGAUCGCUCCAUUCUCAUCGGUGAGCCCUCGGCUUCCUACGAUGGGAAGGCGACUAUCGGCGUAACACGAGGAAUUGGGAAAUUUGGUGAGGUCAUUAUCACUUGGCAGAUUACCGAGAGGGACACGGAGACUUUCCUGGCGCUACAGGGUAUGGUGACAUUUAAAGAUGGCCAAGAGAAUCAGACCAUUGAGAUUCAGACCAAGGAUGAUACCGUACCUGAACUGAAGCAUCUGUAUGCGUUAGAGAUCACGUCUGCCACUGGUGGCGCCAUAGUAUCCACAGAACCGGGUGCCAGGAAGUCUAUAAUCACCAUGGUGGCCAGUGACUACCCACACGGAUUGUUCCAGUUUGCAGCUCCACAGGAGAAGAUGGUGUCUGAGGAUGACGGCUUUGUUUCCUUGACCAUUAAGAGGGACUUUGGAACAGUAGGCCAGGUGAAGGUCUCGUACACGACCUGGCAGAGUACUGCCAAAGAAGGGGAAGACUUCACAGCCGAGUCUGGGGAGAUGACCUUCGCCAACGGCGAGAGAGAGCAGAAGCUCCAGGUGUCGAUCCUGCAGGAUAUCCGGCCAGAGGGACCAGAGGAAUUUUGUGUCAAUAUCACCAAGGUGGAGUUACUGUCAAGUACCAACAACUAUACCAGUAUUGGAGGCUUGGCGAUGGACAUGGCACCAGAGAUUGGCCCUCUAGUUGUCAAAAAGGUUAUUAUCACUAAGAACGAUAAUGCUGAGGGAACACUGGAAUUCAAUUCGUCUGCAGUUAAUAUGCUUGUCAAAGAAGAUGCCGGAGUGGCCCGCAUCCCUGUCAUACGGACUGGUGGAAGCUAUGGCAAGGUGUCCGUAAAGUAUGAAGCUGCAAAUCAAACAGCCAAGCAUGGCGAAGACUACAUCUUGCAAAAGGGCGAGGUCGAGUUUGGCGAUGGGGUGACGUCUGCUUUCAUACAAGUCGUCAUCUUGAAUGAUAAUUUGCGGGAAUUUGGAGAAUCGUUUGAAGUCAAGCUCACAGCAGCUACAGGGGGAGCUAGUCUGGGAAGUCGUACAAAUGCUGUGGUCACCAUUGACAAAUCUGACUACCCAAAUGGAAAGUUUACCUUCGUUGGUACAACCAACCUUAUUAUUCCCAAUCCGUCAACAGAUCAGGUCAGGACAUUCUUCCUGGAAAGAAGUGGCGGCACCUUAGGGAAACAGACAGUCCACUGGCGCAUCAUGGGUUUCAAUGACAAGAACAAACAGGUAUUCGACACAAACGACGUCAGCUACAACAUCAGUGGAACAGAGGUGACAUCAGGAAGCUUGGUCUGGGCGGAUGGAGAGCUUGGACAGAAGAACAUCGCUCUCACCAUCAAACCUCACACUGGACCAGAGAUACAGAAGAUCUUCUUGAUCACAAUCUACGAUAUUGUUGGCAGUCCAGCCACGUCAGGCCAUGGGGAAGUUGGCCCUCUUGCUGGAAGUGCUGAACUCACAAUUUUGAAACAUGGCGAUCCAAAUGGUAUUGUGCGCUUUGCCGAUGCUGCCACUGAGCAAAGGAGCUUCUCUGAGCCCCUGACAAGUCCUACAGAAGUCGCCUUCCCAUUAUACAGGAGAGAGGGAACCAUUGGAGACAUCAAGGUCCACUGGCGUGUAACCGUACCAUCUGGUUCAAACAACGACACCCUCCCCAUGUCCGGUGUGGCAGUCAUUCAGGACAAGAAGAGAAUUGGCACCAUCUACACAUACAUCCAGCCGGAUGAUGAACCGGAACUAACCGAGGAACUCACCAUGGAACUUGUGAAGAUCGAGGGUGGUGCUGAGAUAGACACAGUUUUCAAUACAUCUAAAAUAGCUAUAACCUACAACGAUGACCCCCAUGGAGUGUUUGCUGUUUUCACUCAAUACCAGUCUGUUGUUGUCAACGCAGACAUGUCACGAUCAGUCAAAGUUAAUGUCACACGCCUUGCAGGUUCUGUUGGCAAGGUCAGGGUCACCUUCACUGUGGCUUUUGAUCAGUCAUUCACUGGUCCUGCCACAAGUUCUGGGACCAUCGAGUUUGAGAAUGGUGAAGCGUCUGCUUCUAAGCUUGUACCUGUUGGGAAGAACAUCUUCAUGGCAGUCAACUCUACCUUCACUAUCACGCUUACGAAUGUGGAAUUCAAUGGAAUCGGAGUGACUAUCCCUCCAAUGCUGUCAGCUACUGACAAAACAUGUAAGGCCUCUGUACCAGAGUCUGCUGCAAACAGUCAGGUUGGCUUUGCUCAGCCAGUCAUUCAGAUAGAUGAAGCUAAUAAUGAAGCCGAAGUGACUCUGACUCGUAUUGGCACGUAUGGAUCCCUCGAUGUGGAGUGGCUCACAGGAUUCCCAACGAAUGAGAUCCCGACUGGGUUCACCCAGGGAAAUGUCCUAACCGCACCAUCGAAGAUCAGCUUCACCAAUGGAGAGAAGACACAGUCGUUUAAAAUAAGUGUCCUCCCAAACAACCAAGGUACCCCGGAACUUUUUGCAAUCCACCUGCCAAAAGCACCCACUUCAGGCACUGAUGGUGGUGCACAGCUCUGGAGUGGUCAUACCUUACUCAAGUUUGACAAUCAGGGCUUAGUGCAGUUUGCGUCAAACAGCAGGGAGGUGACUGUCGAUGAAAAUAUUGGAACGAUGGAGUUGACCCUUGAGCGUGUUUACGGUUCAGAGGGGAGUAUCCAAGUCCAGUAUCGUACCUCGUCUGUCGCUCAGGGGGCGACGGGAGGACAAGACUUCACACACGUAUCGGAAGGAAAACAGAACUUUGACGAGAAGCAAACACGGGCUAUCAUUAUGAUCAGGAUUCUUCUCGAUAAUAUCCCUGAAGUUGCGGAGCAUUUCUUUGUAGAUGUCAUCGCUGUUGUGCCCCUGCCGACUGGCAGCGGAAACGGAGAGUCACCAAGAGUCAGCCGGCUCUUUUACCGAGCCAAGGUAGUCAUCUCAAAGAACAAUUACCCCAAUGGUCUCCUCUACCUGACCCCACCAGCCCUGUCAGUGAACGAAGGUGCCAACACACUCCUCAGCAUCAUGCGGACAGGUGGCCUAUACGGGGACAUCAGGGUGACAGUCAGGACUAUGGGAGCGGGGGAAAUCUUCAACCAUUCUGAUGGAGAGAUCAGGCCAACUGCUGACCACUCUGAUUUCGUCCCCUUCAGUACGGUUGUUCUCUUUGAGAAUGGUACCGCUGGACCUCGUAGUGUCAGCCUCCAGAUAAGAUCAGAUACGGAUGUUGAACAGGACGAGACCUUAGUUGUCUACUUGACAAAUUCAUUUGGUGGGGCUGCAAUUCUCCAAGGAAAUACUAUCAAUGGACAGAAGAAUUACUCAUUAGUCACCAUCAAAAGGAGUGGCCAGUACAAUGGUGUCGUCUCAUUUGUGACCAAAACUGCCUACAUCGAUGAAGAUGGUAGCGCAGAAGCCAAUCUCGUGUUGUCGCGGACAGCAUCUUUUUAUGAUUUGACGGUUGAGUGGAUCGCUAAGCUGGCCUUGGACAGUAAUGAGCAACAGGAUGCUGAUAUGCUGGACCCAGUCACAAAGAAGGGGUCAACAGUUUGUAGGAAGGGCGAGUCGCAGUGCAAGAUUAAUGUAAAGAUUAAGAAAGAUGAGACACCAGAGAGGAAGAGCAGCUUCUAUAUUAUCCUGACAAAUACAGAUGGAGGUGGCGCAUCUAUCAACCAGAACCUGAAGUCCUGUAAAGUAGUGGUGAAUGCGAGUGACUACCCUGAUGGCUUGAUACAGUUUACGGAGAAGUCUCGGUUCAUCACAGCAAAUAACUCCCAGACAAUCGUACAUCUUGAGGUUUUGAGGACGAAUGGUGUGGACGGUGAAGUAGCAGUGGAGUUCUACUCCUGGCAGCCUGUCACAUCCACCGUUGCAAUAUCGGGUAUAACUGUGCAGCAAGGUGUUUCUGGACAGGACUUCACAGCUAAGAGAGGCACAGUCACCUUCGGGGCCAAGGACACUGGUCCAAAAAGUAUCAACGUUACAUUGACCCCGUUCAAUGGGCAGUCCUCGAACGUCUACCCCAAAGUUUUCUACGUUAGUCUAGAGAAGCCGACGAAUGGAGCAAGCAUUGGUCAUAGUCAAGCUCAGAUUCUCAUCUCCAAGCCGGGCGAGGACAAACUAUGGGGGAUAUUAGCUGAGGCUAAUGCUGGCACACUUGAUGAUGCAAGGAUAAACAGUGUGUUGACAAGAUUGAAAGACGCCACUAAUCCCACAAAAAAGUUGGUUGCGAGUGAAUUGGAUGUCGUUGACAAUACAUUGGAUCUAAUCAUAAAACAGGCAGAAAAUCGAACUGUCCCUUUGAGUGUGCAGCAGGGCGUCAUGGAUGUUUUCUGCAAUCUCGUCAACCCAACCCGUGACGACACUACGAUGGGACAUUCACAACUUUCUAGACUCGUAGAAAGAUUUGCCUUUACGUUCCUCCUGGACCAGAAGUGUCAGACAGAAAACUUAAUCAGGUUUGAUCACUGUGCAUCUAUAAGAUUAGCUAUGGCCAAAUGGUACCCUGAAAACAUCAAUGGAUACAAGUACCAAGCGGACCGGAAUGCCAGAGAUUACUUUAAACUUCCGAGUACACUUCUCCCCACGAUCAGUGCUCCCAACAAACAGUGUGAAGCAAUACAAUUUCUUGAGUAUAGCAGUGAACAAUGGUUCAUGGAACAAAAAGAUAAGGUUCUUAUGAACAAUAAGGUCAUCACCUUUAAAAUUCAAGGCCAGUCGUCCAAGAUGUUGGAGUCGCCUAUUGUCUUCAGAAUCUAUACCCAAGACAGGAAAAUUGCUCCUAACAGAGCACAGUGUGUUUAUAACUUAGAUACGAGUGUGGGCUGGGAGGUUCGACAGGAUAUCUGCUACGUGGUGAACAAUUUGAACCUGGCUGUGGAUGACUAUGUCGAAUGCUCAUGUAAACACAUGACAAGUUACGCUGUCAAGGCCAAUACCAACAACCCUGAUCUGAUUGGCUAUCCUAUAUGGUUCUCUAUCUCCUGCUUUAUUUGUAUGUUUGGACUACUGCUGGCAGUACUUUCACAUCAUCUCUGUUCCGUCUAUUCAAUGUUUGCAGCCAACCUCCUCAUGCAUUUUUGCUUUGCUGCAUUUGCAACACAGCUGUGUUAUGUGAUUGAUGCGUUCCUCAGUCCCGACUAUCUCCUCGCAUCAUCAGUCGACCAAGAUAACUACAGAUGUAUCGUCAUGGGUGUCUUCACACACUAUUUUGCCCUGGCCCAGUUUACUUGGCUCCUCGCACAGGCUUUGAACUUCUGGAAGAUCCUCGUUUUAAACGAUGAGCAUACAGAUCGAAAAUAUGCUGUUUAUUUGUUAAUUGGUUGGGGUCUGCCAGUAGUAAUUGUUGCAACCUUCUAUGUCAUUACAUUCUGCCUGUAUCACUACGUCUAUAAAGAAGACGCUAAAUUCAUAUAUGGUGAUGUCAACAACAAUGGAGACAUCUGUUUCAUCACCAACCCCUAUGCUGCCCUCGGGGGAGUGAUAGCCCCUGCUCUCAUAUUCAUCAUGGUGUUAGCUGUAGUCUUCAUACAGUCUUUCCAAGUCACUCCACAGUGGCAGGCUUAUGAUGAUAUAUACAGAGGGAGAUAUAAUGUGAAUGAGGUUCGCAUUCUCCUUCUUUUCUUCACCAUCGUCAUCCUGACGUGGCUAUGGGGUGGACUCCAUCUGGCCUUCAGCCAUGUCUGGUGGCUCGUACUCUUCUGCAUAUUCAAUAUCAUACAGGGUCUGUACGCCUUAGUGGUCUACACCAUUCUGCGUAAUCCAUGCUUGCCAUGCCUGCGGCCACAAAAACAGAGCUACGCCGUCUCAGUCAACAUGAACGGUGAUACCGGUGGCCAUUAUCCUCACCAUGAUGGGCCGUCUUUGAUUGACAGUAUUAAAGGAUCAAAAAUAUCACUUGUUCAUAAUGACAUGAUGAUUGAUGACUGGGAUCAGGAUUCCCUGACUCAUGUUGGUGGAAUGAGGGUCAAAAGGACACCACCAGUCAAUGGGAAUAUCUUCUCAAUCUACGACAACAAGAUGCCAAUACCAGCAGAGGACGACCGAGAGGACCAAGACCUCGAUGAUCUCAUCUUUGCUUUAAAAACUGGUGCUUUGACGCCAAGCGAAAGCAGCAAUAAUUUCGAAAAAGAUUUCGACCAGUCUACGACGAUCACUGGGCCACCUCAUGAUCCCUUCAUGGGAGAAAUGAGAAGAAUAUCGAUAGCAGACACGCAUUUGUAGUCAAAAGCUUUCAGUUCCAUUUUAUUUUUCAUCUUAUUUUCCUUUUGGUAAAUAGUUCCAGUUUUCGUUUUGGCACUAGAAGGGGUGAACAUACUUCAAUCUUUAGCCAACCAUUCAUUAACUACAUUUGGGGGUUCAUAUGUCAAAAUGGAAAACAUUGGUGUGAAAUUAGGAUAACACACUGGGAGAUCAUGAGACUCGAAGGACAUUACUUAUCAUGAUACAUAAAAGUGUGUUGAAAUGACAAUGUUUUUUUCUCGAUAUUGUAGAUUCUAACUUGCUGUUGUCUACAUGUAUGUGUCUUAUUUCAUAUCAAUAUGAUCAAGUUUCUAAUAUAUACUUGGUACAAUACAUGUAGGCCUGGUAACCCUCGUCUGACAAGCCCAAGAAAAUUUGUGAUUAUAAUUAAUCCAUCUAUUGGCAUUUACUUAAUAAAUUGUAAAUAAAUUAAUUAUCCGAAUGUAAGGUCCAAUUUGUAAUGCAACAUGUUUUGAUAACCAGACUCUUUUCUGUGAUUUAGCCGUCCAUAUAAUCUGUAAGUCUGUGGCAAUACAGUUGCUUUCAAUGUAGAUAUAUUUGGGCAGCAGGGCUGGUUGAUGGUCAGUUGAAAAUCUGCUGCUCGUAACUGUUCUUUUUAUAUGUUAGCACAGUCAAUGCACUAUAUAUAUCGAGCUACUUUUGAGUAUACCUGUAAUAGUCAUAAUGUUCACAUUUAUUGCAUAUUUAUUGCACUUUCACAUUCCAAACACAUUGGGACACUUCAGUCUAAAAGUCGGUAUGACAGGAAGGAACUUUCACCAGCAUAAUCAAACUCCGGCCAUGAUUUACCUGUUGUUUUUUGGAGUGUUGAUGUCCGGGCACUACUGCAUAAAUUCUAGUUUCUCCUAAUAAUCAUUUGGAUGACCUCCAUUGAUGUUGACUACUAUGUUGAAAUUGACUUGUUCAGAAAGAAGCUCUGUGAGAAGUGGUUUUGGGAUUUCUCUGCACUGAAACUGUGUGACUGAAUAAAGCAGAUCACUUCCCCCCACUCAACAGUGGAUGUUCUGUCCUGUAAUGUAGUCAUCUGUAUUCAUAUGUUGUCACAUGCAUGUCUUUGUAUAUAACAAAAGGGUUAAAAAUGUAUGAGGACAUAACACAUGUCAGGAUAAUACAUUAC